AUGCCUCGGUGCCCACACUUGGCUCCACAGCAGGGAUGCAGGCCGCCAAGGGCUUUGUGGACGCGGAUCCACACAUGGAGUUGGAGGCAACCCAUGAUUGGAGAUGACGGCCCGCUGGUGCUCGGAGGAAAGCAAGCUGCACAGGAGCAUCGCUACCAAGUCAGGCAGACGGUCCUAGCUGCAUUCAAGGCGUCUGGCACUCUCAAGGAACUCGGGACUGGCAAGAGGAUCCAGGCUGAUGCUCUUGAACAGGGACACCUGACGGGCGAUGGAGAGGACAGCUACGCUUUAAACUCGCUUGUGAAUAUGUAUGCCAAGUGUGGAAGCCUGGUGGAGGCUCGUGCCGAGUUUGAAAAGUUGCAGCGCCGGGAUGCCGUGUCGUGGACAACACUUAUCCUGGCGUAUACGGAGAAUGGACGAGGCGGGGAAGCCUUGGAACUCUUCUCGCGCAUGGCGGACGAGGGUUGCCUGCCGGACGGGCGCACCUAUCUUGCUGCUCUCGUGGCCUGUGCGAGCUUGGUUGCCAAGGAGGAAGGCAAGAGAGUUGACAACAGAAAGAGGUGCAUGGACAGAGGCAUGGCUAUAUUCUGGCAAGCGUCAACUAACGGGUGCUUCGACGUGUUCGUGGCCAACACGCUCAUGGACCUCUUGUCAAAGUGUGGGAGCAUGCCUCAAGCCCACGCUGUUUUUGACAGGAUUCCGUGCCAUAGCAUUGUGUCGUGGACAGUCUUGACUCUGGGAUAUGUCGAGAAUGGAGAGCCCGAAACAGCACUUAUGCUUUUCAGCGUCAUGCAAGAUCAACAGGACUUUGUUCCCAACUCUCGGCUUUACGUCGCAGCUCUCAUGGCUUGUGCUAGCCUUGCAACCAAGGAAGAAGGGCGGCUGGUCGAUGGAAGGCUUGUGAAGUUACGAUGCCUGGAGAGGGGUAUGGACGUCCACUCUCAGUCGAGAACAAGUGGCUGUGACUCUGUCCCGUUUGUGGCAAACACGCUCAUCGACAUGUAUUCGAAGUGUGGGAGCCUGCUUGAUGCCAAGAAGGUGUUUGACAGCACUCAAGCGCGAGAUGCUGUUGCUUGGACUGCCAUGAUGCUUGGCUAUGCCGAGAAUGGAGAAGCCGAGCGUGCUCUUCAUCUGUUCGCGUGCAUGGAGCAGCAAGGCUGCAGUCCACGGCCCCAGACGUUUGUGGCGGCGUUGGUUGCCUGCGGUAAUAUCGUUGCACUGGAUGCCGCCAAGAAGAUUCACGCCGUUAUCUGCAGGCAAGGAGUGGAGAGCAACACCAUUGUGGCAAACUGCCUCGUGGACUGCUACAGCCGGUGUGGCAGCCUAACUGCUGCCGAGCUCGUCUUCGCUUGGAUGGUGAGAAAGGACGUGGUGUCAUGGAGCUCCAUGCUAUCGGGCUACAGCUGCCAGGGAGCCACGGCUCAAGUGUUCGAUCUCUUUCAUCAAAUGGUGUUCGAGAAAGUCGAGCCAGACAAGAUGUCUCUCACGGCACUUCUCACGUCAUGCAGCCGCGCAGGCCUCGUAGAUAAGGGGAUGAAAUGCUUCCGCAGCAUGCUGGCCGAGUAUAGAGUUGACCCCGACGUUCAUCACUACCACGUCGCCAUCGACAUGCUGGGCCGGGCUAACCGGCUUCACGAGGCGGUGGCAAUGGUCAAGGCAAUGCCGUUCAAGCCGAAGCUCGUGACGUGGAUGACCGUCUUGUCCGCCUGUCACAAGUGGAAGGAGGUUGCGCUGGGAAGGCUGGCGUUCGACUGUGUGAUGAAGCUGGACGACUCGGAGGAUGCCGCUUACGUUCUCAUGGGCAACAUCUACGGCAGUGUGGGCAUGUGGAAGGAGAAGUCGGACAUGUUCUCCCUGGGGAUGAGCAAGGGACGGGGAGGCGACAAUGCGACUACUCAUACUCCUCGUGAUGGAAUUCGAUCAUCACUUGACAGCCAUGGCUAG